CCCCGGAGCGGAAUCAAAAACGUUGGCUGGGUUGGCCACUCCCUCAUUAAACGCUUGCCACGCCUCUUUGGAGUGAACUCUCAACAUCUUCCAGCAUCUUUGUUCCUAAGCAAAUCUUUCAAACUCAAGCAAGCAACGCACCCGCGCUCGACAAUCAUGGUUCAAGGAAGUGACAUCCUCCUCAUCAUCGUCUGUAUCCUUUUCCCUCCUGCCGCCGUAGCAUUCAUCACCGGAUGCUCUUGUGACCUCCUGAUCAAUGUCCUGUUGACCCUUUUGGGAUAUAUCCCAGGCCAUAUUCACGGUCUGUACAUCAUUUGGAAACGGAUCAAGGCGGAAGAAACGUACGGUAGACACGGAUACACGUACCUUGGAAAUGGAGAGUUCGUGGGCAAUGGACCUGCCGUCGGAAGUCAGGCUCCUCCCCCUCCUCAUCAACAAUACUACGGCUCAACCAACUAGACAAGCACUAUGUUGUCGGGGUCAGAUCGAUCAAGAGUCCAUGGGACUUGAAAUCUAUGUCUACGUAGCGCCGCUACUUGUCUCAUGCAAGAUGAAAUGAUCUAGAUGACGUACGAAU